AUGUCAAUGCCGACCUCAAGGAAUAGUCUUGAACCACCACGGAAAAGCAUUGAAUUAGUCGAUCCUGGGGCACAUGAGCUAUCGUCUGAAGGCGAAGAAGAGUACUUCUCGGACGCCUCAGAAGGCCGAAGACCAACAAGACCCGUCACUCCUGUCUCUCCUAUACCGAAAACCCGUAUAGAGAAGAUCGACGAUGAACCCAGUCACGGCGAGGUUCCCGGCACCCCAGCUUACGACAAACGAACCCAAGAUGCAGUACCGGACGAAGUAGCCUUCGUUUCGCCACAGCAAACAUCACGCCUAUCUCAAGAGCGUCCAACUACGCCUGGGGGUACACUUAUACCUCGUACUGUUGUCGAGAAGGUGGACCCAGAAUCUCCGAGUUAUGGCGAGGUUCCUGGGACGACUGCGUAUUUGCAGAGGCAAGCGGAUGCAACACCUGAUGUUAUAUUGAAGACACCUGAACCCGGAAGAGGACGACUUCACACAGAGGACGAUCUAGAGGAAGGAAGUGCUGCACCAAGUAUUCCUAUACCAGAGACCGUCGUCACACGUGUUGAUUCAGAACCUGCGCAUGGCGAGGUACCUGGGACUGAAGCACACAAGAUGCGAGCGUUGGACGCGGCGCCAGAUAUUGUGGAAAUGGAUAACGGAGCAGGGUCAUCGACGCACAGCAGUCCAUUGAGGCAAUCGAGACGCCGUUCAACGCUCACAAGUGCACUUGGUGAAAACCAUCAUGACGGGGAGAUGCACGCUGGGGAUGAUUUUGAUGAUUUUGAGGAAGGCGCACAGGUUGGGGUCGAUGAUGACUUUGGGGACUUUGAUGAUGACUUCCAAGAACCUGAGGCUGAGGCUGAAGAUGCGAUUGCAUCGCCUGUAUCUAAUCCUCAAAACGAUCGGAUACCUGCCGAGCCCUUCCCCUUGAUAGAUUUCGAAAAGCUGUCUUCGGUGCCAGAGCUACUCGCCGCGACCCAGAUGCACUUGGAGGCUAUGUUUCCAUCGUCAACAGCCGCACACCUAUCUUCUAUUCCGCCUCAAGAGCCUAUUCCCGAGUCUUCCCCAAUAUUUCCCUCCGAGCGGUCACUGUCGCUCUGGAAACAACUAAUCACUCCUCCUCCUCUUCAGCCGCCGAAUUGGACACAGUCUCGCAUUCGCCGGCUCUUCCUUGUUAGCCUCGGUGUCCCCGUUGAUCUAGACGAGAUCCUGCCGCCAUCAAAACAAAAGAAACUUGUCCUUCCAGACAUACACCUCGCACCUUCCUCUCGAAAAUCAGAGUCCGAUAAGACCUUGGGGUCUGUUGCCCGUCUAAAAGCCCGAGCAGCCAAUGACUCGACUGGGUCGGUUGACAGCACUCAAUCUGCGUCUAAGGAACGCUCCGGCCGCUCGAAACGACCGAAAGGUCCACCUCCACCUCCUGACCUAGAUUUGGUUGCCGUAAAGCGACUUUGCGCAACCACGGACGAGAAGCUGGAAGGAUUUACCGACGAGGAACUGCAGUCACAUGUCAAGGAGCUCCAGGACGUUACAGAAAAGACCUCGGAGCUGUUAGAAUACUGGCUCCGGCGGCGAGACGGACUGCGGAAAGAGAAGGAAGCUUUUGAGGGUGUCAUUGAGAACCUCGUCCGACACGCAAGGAGAGUAAGAAAAUAG